AUGCCCGCCCCCUCUAACACCCUUCUCAUUGAGGGUUCUUUCUCAGAGCUCGCCGACGAGUUUGCCCAGUACAUCGAUGCCCUCCGCAAAGAGGGUAGCCUUCAAACCGAGAUCGCCCCGCUCCUCGAGCCUCUCCGCCAGCAGGAACAAUCUGAGGGCGAAGCCGACCUCAAGCAGCGCGAUGAAGUCCUGAAGAAGCUUGUCUCUUCUGCUACCGCCUUGAACAGUGCCCCCGAGAAGGAGAUCACCUCGGCCUACAACCUGCUGGUCCACCUUGUUCACCAGUCUUCCGACGCCGAUGUCUUCCUUCCUCGCAUCUGCACCUAUCUCGCUAAGCCCAUCUCCUCCUCCCCUCAGUUCGGCCCUACUCUCGCCAUCUCCAUCCUCACCACCAUCUUCAACACCCUCUCCUCCGCCGACUCCAGCCGCUACCACGUUCUCUUGGCUAUCGUCGCUGUGAUCCGCCAGUCCGGUUCCGGAAUCGCUUUUGAAGCCCUCAAGCCCCAGCUGGCCUCCCAGCUACCCACAUGGCUCUCAUCUUGGGAAUUGGAGAGCGUCGACGCCCGCAAGCUGCAUGUCGCCAUCGCCGAGGCCGCCACCGCCGCCGGUGACGAGGAUCUCGCCCAGUCGCACAUCCUGCAGGCCUUGGAGACCAUCGACGCUGCGGACGUCAGCAAGCCCGAAUCCCGCGACCUGGCCGUUCGUGCUCUCGCCACCGCUCUGCGCCGCUCCACCGUCUUCGACUUCACUCCCCUGACUGCCUCCGAUGCCGUGCAGGCCCUCCGCACCAGCGACAGUGCUCUUUUCGAGCUCCUUGAGAUCUUCACCUCGGACACCCUCGAGGCCUACGAGACCUUUGUCGCCGCCACUCCUCUCUCCUCCAUCUCCGGUGGUGUCCUCGCCGAGUCCGCCGAUGCCCUGCAGAGCAAGAUUCGUCUGCUCACCCUCACCUCGCUGGCCUCUUCCACUCCUUCUCGCUCGCUUCCUUACGCCACGAUCGCCUCUGCGCUGCGCGUUUCUGACUCCGAAGUCGAAAUGUGGGUUAUCGACACUAUCCGUGCCGGUCUCGUUGAGGGCAAGCUGUCCCAGCUGAAGUCCGAGUUCCUCGUCCACCGCGCCACCUACCGUGUCUUCGGUGAGAAGCAAUGGUCUGAAGUUCAGGGUCGUCUGAUGGUCUGGCGCCGAUCCCUCGAGAGCGUUCUGAGCGUCAUCCGCUCUGAGCGUGAGCGUUUCGCUCGCGAGGGUAUCCAGGCUGCUGCUGACCAGGAGACUAACAAGAACCGUAACGGUAACGGUGACCGUCGACGGAUCCAGCCUCGCGAGGUGGAGGCCAGUGCUGAGUAA